AUACAGCCUCUCAAAGGCUGCAAGCAGACAAUUCCUUCUAUAAAUGUAGCGUUUAAAUCGUAUAUAUCCCACAAAAGCCCCACCGUGGACUGAAAAAUGUCUUCACUCACGAGUGGAUGCAAAAUUGUCAUUUUGCUACAGAUCCUUUUUGGGCAGUGUCUCUCUGAUCCUCCUUCUUUCACGGUGGAUUAUCAAAAUGACUGUUUUCGGAAGGAUGGGGAGGAGUUUCGCUACAUAUCGGGGAGCAUCCAUUACAGCCGUAUCCCCAGGAUCUACUGGAAGGACCGGCUGCUCAAGAUGUACAUGGCUGGACUGAACACCAUUCAGACGUAUGUUCCCUGGAACUUCCACGAGGCGGUUCAAGGCAGCUACAAAUUCACCGGAGACAGAGAUAUCGGACACUUCCUUCACCUCGCCAGGCAAAUUGGACUGCUGGUUAUCCUUCGCCCAGGCCCGUACAUCUGUGCUGAGUGGGACAUGGGUGGGCUGCCGUCAUGGCUGCUCCAGAAUAAAAACAUUGUUCUCAGAUCUUCAGAUCCAGACUAUACUGCUGCUGUGGACACAUGGAUGGGGAAGUUCCUUCCAAUGAUGAAGCCCUAUCUCUACCAGAACGGAGGUCCGAUCAUCAUGGUUCAGGUGGAGAACGAAUACGGCAGCUACUUCGCGUGUGACUACAACCACAUGCGUCAUCUCUCCAGUUUGUUUCGGACCCACCUGGGGGACGAGGUGAUCCUGUUCACCACUGACGGUGCUGGGCUUGGCUUCCUCAAGUGCGGCACCAUUCAGGGUCUUUAUACAACUGUAGACUUUGGAGCAGGUGCAAAUGUGUCAGCAGCCUUUGCAGUCCAGAGACACGCUGAACCUCAAGGACCUCUGGUGAACUCUGAAUACUACACUGGCUGGUUGGAUCACUGGGGCUCCCGUCACGCCGUGGUCCCCACCGCAGCUGUGGUCAAGACACUGAACGAGAUGCUGGCGCUGGGAGCUAAUGUCAACAUGUACAUGUUUAUCGGAGGGACAAACUUUGGCUACUGGAAUGGUGCAAAUUCACCGUUCAGCCCGCAGCCGACCAGCUAUGACUACGACGCUCCGCUCACAGAGGCUGGAGACCUCACAGAGAAAUACUUCGCCAUCAGAGAAGUGAUCAAAAUGUAUCGUAGAAUACCAGACGGCCCAAUACCACCUUCAACUCCAAAAUAUGCUUAUGGAGCUGUUAAAAUGAGCCAGCUUCAGACUGUGGCUGAAGCGUUGGAUAUUCUGUCCUACUCCGGGUCAGUGAAGAGCAUGUAUCCUCAGACCUUCACUGACCUCAACCAGUUGUUCGGUUAUAUGUUGUACCGGACAACUCUGCCUUUUGACUGCGACGUUCCCACUCCUCUCUCCUCGCCGCUGAAUGGCGUCCAUGACCGUGCGUAUGUGUCUGUGGAUGGGGUGGCUGUCGGUAUUCUGGAGCGAGACAAAGCCCUGACCAUCAAUGUGAUGGGGAAGAAGGGGAGUGAACUGGACCUGCUGGUGGAGAAUAUGGGUCGGAUCAACUAUGGAAAAAACAUCAAUGAUUUCAAGGGUUUGGUGACCAAUCUGACAUUAGGGAAAGAUGUCCUCAGUGGUUGGACAAUUUUCAGCCUCAGUGUGGAUGAAGCUGUGAGCCAAGGUCUGCUUGGACAAACCGUGUCUGGAGAUGGGCAAAACCCUUCUAAAUUUUCACUACCAACGUUCUACGGAGGAACUUUUACCAUUCCGAGUGACAUCCCAGAUCUUCCUCAGGACUCCUACGUCAAGCUUCCUCAGUGGAGCAAGGGUCAGAUUUGGAUCAACGGCUUCAACCUGGGACGCUACUGGCCUUCAAGGGGUCCUCAAGUCACCCUGUUUGUCCCUGCCUCCAUCCUCAGCACAAAUGCACCCAACAAUGUGACGGUCCUGGAGCUGGAAAAUUCUCCAUGCAGCUCUGGCCUGUGCACUGUUGAGUUCACCACCACACCCAUCCUGAACGCAACGGCGCUGCCGCACCUCGCCCUGCACAGGAAACUGUUCAGAAAGUUGGAUGUGUGAUCGGGAAGCAGAAGAGCACAGAUGCUGUCAACCUUAACUUAGAAAAGCCAUUUUUUAUGGGGAAACUGUGCCUCUGAUAUUUUUGUGAUUGUAUCAUUUCUGCGUUUUGUCGAGGGAGCUUUAUGCUUACAAAGAAAAUACACAAAUUUCAAUGUUUCUAAACAUAAUCCAUUUUUAUCAGGAAAUUACAGCAUGCUUCGGGGAAUUGUUGUGGGAAUAUUUUUUGUGCCAAGAUUUUUUUGUUGCCGUCCAAA